AUGGAAAAGACAUCCAGCACCAGAAACGGGCCCUCUGACGCAAGCCAGUCACGCAUAGAACAUACAGAGACGUCCAUCACUACCCCCUCAAACAACGCCGCCGAGACCCAACCGCACUCUAAACCAUCCUCCGCCACAACCUCGUUAACACCAUCACCAUACAACUCCCGCGACACCUCCCCGUCACGAAAGGCACAGAAGCCCGUUCACGCGCCCAAAUCCGCAUCUACCCCCGGCCUGAGGUCGCGCAAAGGCAGCCAACAGGACUUGACUGCAGUACGGACACCCAGGUCCAAUACCAAUAUACCAGGACCAGCGACGUCGUCCAGGACGCUCUCCGCAGCGACAACUCCUACUUUACUCCCGAAUUCCCAAGAAUCCUUCCUUAGAUCUAUCAAUCCUCAGAAGGCACCCCUCAAUACUGAGGUAGCUCAAACGAGAGACAGCCCUCGCUGGCCUGUGUCGCCUCGCUUGCGCUCGCCCCCUCCUCAGCUCAAUAAGCCUCACAUUCCGCCCACUGCACGAAAAGGCGAGCAGGAAGCCCCGAGGGUGAAUCUCACGAAAGCCUCUCCGACUCCACAACCGGACCCCCUCCCUUCCAUGUCAGAGAGCGAAACCGACGACUCGCAACUACCAUCUGGCGUGCGAACCCCAGUAACCGUCAACGGCUCGACUCUGGAAACAGUACAGGAAGUAAGUUUGCCGAAUUCGCCAGGGCAAAUGGACUCUACGCUGGAGCAGGUCAACGAGAAGUUGGCCCACGAGGCUGCUGUGAGUGCCGAAAGCCUAGCGACACAAGUGGACAACAAUCGCACCAUUCGCCUUAGCAGGGGAGCCCUCCAGGCUCACGAUAACAUGGGCGACAACGGGAUACCCAGAGUGCGAUCGCAGAGCUCCGCUCCUGCCCCGACGGUCACGCGACAGUCUAGUGUGCUGUCCAACAAGCAAGGCAAGAGCAAAGCAACGGGAGAAGGAUCUUCCCUCAUAGUCGAGACGGAAACGGUGUCGUCUAUUCCCCAGGUGGCAUUGGCACCUGCUUCUAAAUUGGAAGUCGGCAGCGGCACACUCAGGGCGAAGCCAAGUACCGAGACGAUUAGGCCCAAGAAAGACAAGAAGAAGACGAGCCGGAAGCAACCCACGGUCAAUUCUGGCAACGCAUCCUCCAAAGCAGAUAUUUUUGAGGCUAAAGUGGCCAGCGCCGUUGACGAGGCGAAUACGUCAGACUCAGAGGAAACAUUCGUAUACGAUAGUAACCCCCCGGAUGUCGACAGGCGUAGAUUUCACUCGCGGACACCUAGCGCUACUUCGAUGAUUAGCCAGGCCGACAGACCUGGCGGUAUGGGGAUGCGCUCAAUUCAUGAGGCUCUGCAAGGCAGCGGCGCCGCCGCUGCAGCCGUCGGGCUGAAGAAGAGCAUGAAGUUCGUCAACACGUUUAACAGCAAUGGAGCAGAGAGCCUUGGCGUCGAUGAAGAUGGUAAGGGCAGCGGCAGGAGUGUAGGCCCAGGAUCGGGCAGAGGUACGAGUAGGCAUCACCACCACAAUCACUUUGGUCGCUGGGGGCGACAGCCAGGAAACUCACACCCUUCACUUUUCGACAACGAAUCCCUCUUUCCAAAUGCUGCUCGAUCUAAGCUCUCGGGCAACACCUCGAGACAGUCAUCCGGCCCUCCUAGUCCUAGGGUUGCGAGCUCCGCUAGAGGUGGACCUCACGCGCUCGGAAAGCGAUCGUCGAUUCAGAUGGCUCGUUAUGAUGCAGCCGACGAUACUACGACCACUGGCGCUGACGACGAGCGCACCCCAUUGAUUACGUCCACAGUCAGGUCCUCCAGGAGGAGCAGACGUCAACCUGCGAAUUUGCGGAACCUCGAAUCACAGACGUACAGGCAGCAGCCAUCCUAUCUGAAUCGAUUUGCAGCAUGUUUGGUUGUCACUAUGAUGUUGCUCCUCGUCAUUACUGGCGCGAUUGGCUUUAUGUUCGCGACCUCGCAGCCGCUGACAGACAUUCAGUUGGUCUCUGUCAAGAACGUCUUGGCUAGUGACCCAGAAUUGAUGUUCGACCUAACGGUCAAAGCCCACAAUCCCAACAUCGUGGUCGUCUCUAUCGAUCAGGCGAAUCUGGAGAUAUUUGCAAAGUCGCCUCACGCGGGCACCGACUUUGACUGGUGGAAGCGGCCACAUGAAGGGGAGUUGGGAGACCCAGACAUGCAUAUUCGAGACGAUCCUCCCGAUGAUCCACCAGACGAAGACAAUGCUCCGAACAUGCGACUCGGAACCAUCAUGGAGUUUGAUAGCCCGCUAUCUUUUGAGGGGUCUUUCUUCAAUAAGGGUGUAUCAGCAUCGACAGGCACCAUGAGACUUCAUCUUCCAGGCAACCACUCUGCUGGAGGUUCUGAGCGAUGGGGUCGUAUCAUCCAGGAUGAAUUCGACUUGAUCGUCAAAGGUGUCGUCCGUUAUUCUCUACCGUUGAGCCAGCGGGUUAGAAGCGCACCAAUUUCUGGCAGAACAACAGUCAAGCCAAACUCGGCUAAUGACCCUUCUCUCCGACCAAACACAACACUCCCUGGAGAAGUACCUGGUCUUGAACCGUAG